CCGAACGGAAGUGCACUGUGCGGCGGGGUCGAACUCUUCGAGUGCUUCGUGUUUCAUAUGUGCACAUACGUUAAAUGGAUUAUUACAGUGUUUGCCAAACCUGUACCUCAACUUAACUCGUAUUGUACCAGAUGUCACUCUCCAAAGGCGGUAUUCCAGUAAUCGGAAACUGCAACCAUGUCGAAAGGAGGUGUUAUAAUGCCGAAGGAAAACAAAAUGAAAGAAUCCAGCGCCGUUUCAUCGAGGCCGCCAGACAGCACUUGCUUUUCGAAAUUGCAUCUUAAUAGCUUGUGGUCCGUAUGGUAUGGGGUAUUCGGAACGCUGUUGCAACUUUACAUUGCAACGAAGUGCAUUAAGAAGCUUAAUGGAUAUGAGUUACUACCGUGGCCGAAUUCCUCAAUUCCGUACGUCGAGCUAAACGUUAGCUUAACGUUAUUGGGAAUGGCGGUAUUCUUUCUAAUUUUCUUUCUUUUGUCUUCAUUACUAAAGAUUGGUAAUUUGGCAAACGACAGCUUUAAAUUGGGACUUCAACUUAGUAACUGUAGUCAAGAUCCACCUUCUGAACUGUUAGGAACUAUGGGUGCUUGGAAUUGGUGGACACACGGAGGACCAACAGCGCCGUUUAUACACAUUCUUAUAGCUUUUUUAUUACUACUACCAAGACUGCUUAUGGAAACGAAACUUAUAGCAUCGGGGUUGCUUCCACAAGGUAGUAAGAUUGAGUUCUUCAACUUCAAGCGAAAUAAUUACACCGGCCCGGCGAUGUGGAAAUAUGUACCAAUAACCGUGGAAAACGUAAGCCUCGAAAUAAAACCGGCACAAAUUCAAUAUUGCAUUACGGCACAAUCGCAUACGUGCAGUUGGAGCAAAGAACGAAAUGCCACAAAAGUUAAUGGGGUAGAAAUAACAGGAGUCGCAUUUCCAUUUCAAUUUACGGCGGCUAUUCUAGGAGUAGUUCCUUAA